AUAUAUGCAAAAGUACAAAGAUUAUCGUUUGAGGAGAAGGAGGUUGGUGAGUUUUUCCGAUUGUAACACAAUUUCAAUGUGGAAUCUGACAUCAUUCCAAAUUCUCCUCUAAUUUAACAAAAAUAAAAAAUAAAAAUAAACAAUCUCUCUUUUCCUUUUCCUAUCAUAUGAUGUUUUCAAGAUUUCCUAAUCAUAUUAGAAAACGCAACCUUCAUUCAUACAUCAUAUUUGCAUAAAUGGCAUUGCCAUUGUUAUUUUCUCUAACCCCAUUUUAUUGGAUUUGCAAAAAAGCGCAUUGUUGUGCUACCCCACAUUCGGAUCAAUUGUUUUGAAUAACAAUGCCGAUUCCGGCAACCCAAAUCGCUGGGUUGGCGAAUGGGGUAAAUGGGUCUAAGUCUGUGAAACGAUCUUCGAGUAAUUUGAAGAAGUUGUUUACUAAGGCGUUGCGUUCCACCGGUGUUAAGUCCAUCUUCAAAUCAAAGGCUAAGCCUAAGCUUCCUGCGGACGUUGUUCGUCGUGUUAGGUUAUUGCUCGAGGCUGUUGAUUCCCUUGACGACAAUGUUGAUCCCAAGCGUUUCGAUAAGAUGCAGGAAUUGGAUACUCUUUUACAUGAGAUGAAAUCCAUCUUGUAUGGAAGUAAUGAAUGUGAACCCGCUGUUGAAGCCUGUGCGCAACUGACUCAAGAAUUUUUUCGAGAUAAUACACUCCGUCUUAUCAUCGUUUGUCUUCCUAAAUUGAACUUGGAGGCCCGUAAAGAUGCCACGCGAAUUGUUGCCAAUCUGCAAAGGCAACCAGUUAAUUCGCGCUUGAUUGCUUCUGAUUACUUGGAAGCCAACACAGACCUUAUGGAUCAUUUGGUAUCUGGGUAUGAUGAUCCAAGUCUUGCUUUGCAUUAUGGAGCAAUGUUGAGGGAGUGCAUUCGACAUCAGGUUGUUGCAAGAUAUGUGUUGAAGUCCGAGCACAUGAAAAAGUUUUUCGACCACAUGCAAAUUCCAGAAUUUGAUGUUGCUGCAGAUGCUACAGCGACCUUUAAGGAGCUUAUGACCAGGCAUAAGUCUACAGUUGCUGAAUUCCUCUUUGAAAAUUAUGAUUGGUUCUUCCCCGAAUUUAAUGCAAAGCUUUUGGAAUCAGCAAACUACAUUACCAGAAGACAAGCUAUCAAGCUUUUGGGAGAUAUUUUGCUUGAUCGCUCAAAUUCUGCCGUAAUGACACGAUAUGUCAGCUCGAAGGAUAAUUUAAGGAUUUUGAUGAAUCUUUUGAGGGAGGCCAGCAAGAACAUUCAGCUCGAUGCAUUCCAUGUGUUUAAGCUUUUCGUGGCUAAUAGAAACAAACCUUCUGACAUUAUCAACAUAAUCGUGGCCAAUAGAAGCAAGCUUCUACGUUUCUUUGCAAGCUUCAGGAUCGAUAAAGAGCAUUGUUUGUUUGCAGAAGAUGAACAAUUCGAGGCGGAUAAAGCUCAAGUUGUGAAAGAAAUUGCAGAACUCGAAGCGAAAGGACCUCUUUUUUCGGGGGAACUGCAUAAGUUUCCCGGUACACCUACUGCUUCAGGAGAACUGUACAAGUCACCAACCGGCCUCUCGAGACAACUUAUAUAAUUUCCCAAAACUACGUCGAAGAAUUGUAUAAACUUGACAAGAGACCAACAACCUGCUCUGGAGAAUCGCAAAUGCUUUAGUAUACAUGUCAUUGUUUCACAAAUUAUACAGAAAGAACACAUAUUUCUGUCGUUCUCUGCUCAGAUUAUUUGUAAGAGCAUAGAAUUGAUUGAGAAGGCAAAGGCACAUACGAUGUAGAAACGCGAUAUGUCAAUUUUCUUUAUGUCUUAACAGCUUUAUAUAACUUGUAAGUUAUAACUGUUGUGUUCUUGUUUACCAUAGAUGAAUUGGGAGAGAAACAUUCUAGUUUGUGGCCA